UGAUAAAAACAUGUAAAAACUCUUUUAUGUUUUCAGUGAACAUCAUAACAUCCAUAGAUAAAUAAUGGAAGUACAACAAAAUCAGAAUCCUGAAACAUAUGGAGUCAUGAACUGUGAGACAGAAUUGAAGGAAACACAUGAUCUCAGGAAACAUUCUGUUACAAACACGCUAGAAACAGGUGGUGUCAAGAAACACAGUGGAAUCAAGCCCUAUCAGUGUGGUGAAUGUGGAAAAGAAUUUACAGGAUCUUGUGGCCUGCAGAUGCACAUGAGAAGUCAUGGUGGGUCAAAGCCCUAUCUGUGUGAUGUGUGUGGGAAAGAAUUUGCCAAGUCCAGUGACCUGCAGACUCACCUGAAGAGUCAUGGUGGAAUUAAGCCUUAUCAGUGUGUUGAAUGUAGGAAACAAUUUACACAGUCAUACAACCUGAGGAGACACAUGAGGAACCACAGUGGAAUCAAGCCACAUAAGUGUGCUGAAUGUGGGAAAGGAUUUACAGCGUCCGGUAAUCUGGAGAGACACAUGAGGAUUCACAGUGGAAUCAAACCUUAUCAGUGUGUUGGAUGUGGGAAGAAAUUUGCCGAUUCGGGUAGCCUGCAAACACACAUGAGGAUUCAUAGUGGUGUGAAGCCUUAUCAGUGUGUUGAAUGUAAGAAACGAUUUACACACUCAUACAGUUUGCAGUCACACAUGAAGUUUCACAGUGGAAUCAAACCAUAUCGGUGUGAUGAAUGUGGGAAAGAGUUUCCUGUGUCAGGUAGCCUGCAGAGACACAUGAGGAUUCACAGUGGACUCAAGCCUUAUCAAUGUGGUGAAUGUGGGAAAACCUUUGCAGUAUCAGGUCAACUGCACACACACAUGAGGAUUCACACUGGUUUGAAACCUUACCAGUGUGUUGAAUGUGGAAAAAGGUUUCCAAGAUCAGGCGGUCUGCAGAGGCACAUGCGGACUCAUAGUGGAAUCAAGCCAUAUCAGUGUGAUAUAUGCGGAAAAGAAUUUACAGAGUCAAGUUCAAAGAAGAAUCACAUGAGAAUUCACAGUGGAAUCAAACCUUAUCAGUGUGAUGAAUGUAUGGAAGUACAACAAAAUCAGAAUCCUGAAACAUAUGGAGUCAUGAACUGUGAGACAGAAUUGAAGGAAACACAUGAUCUCAGGAAACAUUCUGUUACAAACACGCUAGAAACAGGUGGUGUCAAGAAACACAGUGGAAUCAAGCCCUAUCAGUGUGGUGAAUGUGGAAAAGAAUUUACAGGAUCUUGUGGCCUGCAGAUGCACAUGAGAAGUCAUGGUGGGUCAAAGCCCUAUCUGUGUGAUGUGUGUGGGAAAGAAUUUGCCAAGUCCAGUGACCUGCAGACUCACCUGAAGAGUCAUGGUGGAAUUAAGCCUUAUCAGUGUGUUGAAUGUAGGAAACAAUUUACACAGUCAUACAACCUGAGGAGACACAUGAGGAACCACAGUGGAAUCAAGCCACAUAAGUGUGCUGAAUGUGGGAAAGGAUUUACAGCGUCCGGUAAUCUGGAGAGACACAUGAGGAUUCACAGUGGAAUCAAACCUUAUCAGUGUGUUGGAUGUGGGAAGAAAUUUGCCGAUUCGGGUAGCCUGCAAACACACAUGAGGAUUCAUAGUGGUGUGAAGCCUUAUCAGUGUGUUGAAUGUAAGAAACGAUUUACACACUCAUACAGUUUGCAGUCACACAUGAAGUUUCACAGUGGAAUCAAACCAUAUCGGUGUGAUGAAUGUGGGAAAGAGUUUCCUGUGUCAGGUAGCCUGCAGAGACACAUGAGGAUUCACAGUGGACUCAAGCCUUAUCAAUGUGGUGAAUGUGGGAAAACCUUUGCAGUAUCAGGUCAACUGCACCCACACAUGAGGAUUCACACUGGUUUGAAACCUUACCAGUGUGUUGAAUGUGGAAAAAGGUUUCCAAGAUCAGGCGGUCUGCAGAGGCACAUGCGGACUCAUAGUGGAAUCAAGCCAUAUCAGUGUGAUAUAUGCGGAAAAGAAUUUACAGAGUCAAGUUCAAAGAAGAAUCACAUGAGAAUUCACAGUGGAAUCAAACCUUAUCAGUGUGAUGAAUGUGGGAAAAGGUUUACACAAUCAUCUAACAUGCAGAAACACAGGAAGAUUCACAAUAGAAUCAAGCCUUCACAACAAUGUUGAAUCAAUUAGUUUUAUUUGUGAAAUGAGAUUGAAUUUUGGCCCAUGUCAAGAUUGAUCAUCUCUUAUGAGACUUGAGGAUAUUUUGAGCUGAACCCAGGUGAUUUUAGACCCAUUUGCAACCAUGGGUACGUGUUGAGAUCCUGUUUAUUAACUAGAGACUAACCAACAGCCAAAACAGUGCAAACAUCUGACAUCCUGGUGGAAGGCUUUUAUCGGAAGGGAAGGCUGCAAUGUGAUAUGAUUUGUAUCCCAAUACAAUACUUUUAUUCAUAUACAGUAACAUACUCCCUUUCUGCAAGUGAAUAAUUUCUUUUUAAACCUCAGAGAGCGAAGAUGGGAUAUUAUUUGGGAGAAACAUUUAAACACAGUGUUCACGUAUAGCGUCUGACCCUCUGACAAAUCCGGCAAGCAGAUGGUCCGGUGGAAGCCUACAACCCGCCGGCCCCAGUGUCCGACUGUAUAUCUCACAAUGACAUUGACUGAAGUUGUCAUAUGUGACACGGAUCACUUGUUUGCUGUUUAUAAAGUUUACGUUUGUUAAUUCCAAUGCCAAUUAUAAGAAAUGUUAAAUCUGAAAUGUGUGAAUAAUUUUUAUUCUAUGGGUCCUGUGAAUUUUCAGUUGGUCAGACAGACAUCUGAAACUUACAGGACCCAAUGUCCUGCUACUUUGAAACACCAUUCGUGAACACUGUAAACAUGGUUCACUGUGAAGAUAAUGUUAUUCCAGCUAUUCAGAAAAUGUGAGUGAGUGAAUGACAGUGAGCAUAGUUUAUGUCAGUUUUAGCAACAUUCCAGCAAUAUGACCCUGCGGCACACGAAACCAUGGACUUCAAACAUUGUGCCCAGUGGGGUAUCAAACCCGUUUAACCACCAGUUUUACUCCACCUCUGGAAAUUCAAAAGAUUCUGGUACUUUGUGACAGUUUCUGUCUUUAUGCACACAUUUUCACAAUCAGUAUAACUUGUAGUGAAAUGCUGUCAUAUGUAUUAUGAUAUAGGAGUUGUUAACCGAGGUAUUGGGUCAUGAGCUUAGUAUUGCGAUAGAAUACUGUAUUGCUGUAUCGUCGUACCAUUAAAAUAGAAGAUUCUCAAAGAAAGUUCUCUUUACUGUCCACUGACUGUAAUUAGUUGUGGAUGACACUU